AUGCCUCUCUCAAAAUCCCUGAGCGCUCAGCAACUGAGCCAGGUCAAGAAGCAGCUGGAUGACGAGGUCGAGCACCUGACGAGCUCCUUUGCGCAGCUUCAGGCUGCCCAGGGCAAGUUUCGAGAAUGUCUUCGCUGUGUCAAGAGCCAGUCUGGGGUGAAAGAGAAAAAGGAGAUCCUUGUACCCUUGACCAACUCGCUUUAUGUCCGGGGAAAUCUGUCAAAUCCAGACCAUGUCCUCGUGGAUAUCGGCACGGGUUUCUUCAUCGAAAAAGAUGUCAAGAGCGCAACGCGUUUCUAUGAGGAUAAGGUGAAAGAACUUGGGGGCAACAUCCAAGAUCUGGAGACUAUCGUACAGAACAAGUCAAACAGCCUUCGUAUGGUUGAAGAAGGCGCGGACAUUCUGACGGAGGUCUUGGGACUCGUCUAG